AUGGCAUCAUCAGUUAAUGGAUCCAACGUGUUAGGGAAUUUUACCAACCAGUUUGUUCAGCCUCCAUGGCGAAUCGCACUAUGGUCAGUCGCCUAUAGCUUCGUAUUAGCCGUGGCAGUCUUCGGAAACCUGAUUGUAAUUUGGAUAAUCUUGGCACACAAGCGAAUGCGAACUGUCACCAACUACUUUUUGCUUAACUUGGCUUUUUCCGAUGCCUCAAUGGCCACCUUUAACACUCUUAUUAAUUUCAUAUAUGCUGCUCAUGGUGAAUGGUACUUUGGUGACUCUUAUUGCAAGUUCCACAACUUCUUUCCUGUCACUGCAGUUUUUGCCAGCAUCUAUUCGAUGACAGCCAUCGCUGUUGACAGGUACAUGGCCAUUAUUCACCCCCUGAAGCCCAGACUGUCUGCAAAGGCGACUAAAGUGGUCAUCGUCUGUAUCUGGGCUCUGGCAGUCGUGUUGGCCUUCCCGCUGUGUUUCUACUCCACCACCAAGACCAUCCCCAGAAGGACGCUCUGCUUUGUGGCCUGGCCUCGGCCCUUGGAGGACUCUUUCAUGUAUCAUAUCAUUGUGACUGUGUUGGUGUACAUGCUGCCCCUAGUGGUGAUGGGCAUCACCUACACCUUUGUGGGAAUCACAUUGUGGGGAGGAGAGAUCCCUGGAGAUACAUCAGAUAAUUACCAUGAGCAGCUCAGGGCCAAGAGGAAGGUGGUGAAGAUGAUGAUCAUCGUGGUUUUGACCUUUGCAUUCUGCUGGCUGCCCUAUCACAUAUACUUCAUUGUCACUGGACUCAACCGGUUGUUGAGCAAGUGGAAAUAUAUUCAGCAGAUCUACCUGUCAGUAAUGUGGUUAGCCAUGAGCUCUACCAUGUACAAUCCCAUUAUAUACUGCUGUCUCAACAGCAGGUUCCGGGCCGGCUUCAAGCGCGCGCUCCGCUGGUGCCCCUUCGUCAAGGUGUCCAGUUACGACGAGCUGGAGCUGCAGGCGACCCGCUUCCACCCCACCCGCCAGAGCAGCAUGUACACCGUGUCCCGCGUGGAUUCAAGCGUAGUGGCAGCGUAUGACCCCGCCGAUGGGGACAGGCCCCACCACGGCAGGCAGAAAAGCUGCGCAUCACAAUACAGAGGUGGCGCCAACGGCUGCUUCAGCAACAGCGAGAUGACCUCGCUGAGCUUCAGCCUCUACAGUGCCCACAGUGCCCACACCAGGGAGCUCUCCUGA